CAAGGUGCAGAUGCCCUGCCCAUGGUCACCUCACCCGCUCUGCCCAGUGAGGCAGCUGGCACAGCUGAACUUUGAGCCGCUUAUCAAGUGGUGGAGGUGCCAGGAGGGGAGCGGAGGUGCCGGAGGGGUGUGGAGAUGUCGCCUGCAGGGGUGUGAAGGGGCUACACCCAGCUGUGGCACCCCCGCCCCCCCCAUCAGGAGCACUGUAAUGGGUGCAGCCCCUAAACCCCCUCUAAACCCCUCAGGGGGACCCAGACGGUUCUGCCUCACUGGCUGCCAAGCCCUGGUACUUGCCAAGGUGUCGAGGUGGCCCCCCCCGGCACUACAGGGGUGCGUGAAAGUUCCUUUUGCACCUCCUGCCGUGGGCAGGGCUGGGGCUCGCUGCCAGGACGGUGGCAGAGGCGGCCUCCUGCCCGCCCCGGCCCCACCGCGUCACCGCCCUUUGCCCAGCCCCGUGUUAAUGAUCCACCAGCCCCCAAGCAGCCAGCCGGCGUGGGGGCAGUGCCAGCAGAGCCGGGGGUCCUUGGCACGGGUGGCUCGGGGGGGGCUGACGGCUCCUUGCCCUGUGCCCCACCCCUCUUCCCCAGCGCCCAGAUAAGAGUGGUGCAGGCAGCACCCACUGCCCAGCGCGGCGCGGGCACAGAGCGGCCGGACCAUGCCCGCGGUCUCCACGAACCUCCGUGCCCUGACCUCCUGGGUGGGCAUCGCCCGGCUCUCGGCCGUUGUGCUGUCCUGCCUCGCCUUCAGCCUGGUGGCCUCCACCGGGGAAUUUCGGGGUUCCUACGGGACGUGGUGCAUGUUCAGCUGGUGCUUCUGCUUCAUCGUGACGCUGCUGGUGCUACUGCUGGAGCUGCUGGAGCUCUACCCACUGCUGCCUCUCUCCUGGGAUGACUUCACCGCGGCUUUCUCCAUGCUGGCAGCUCUGAUGGUCUUCACCUCCUCAGUGGUCUACCCUGCCACCUUAAUCAAGGGCUCCUGCAACAGCAGCAAGUGUGCCCGGCAGGCCGUGGGCACCACCGCCUCCUGCCUCUGCUUCCUCGCCUACGCCGUCGAGGUGUCGCUGACCCGCGCCAAGCCAGGGGACAUCAGCAGCUUCCUCUCCACCGUGCCAGGGCUCCUCAAGGUCUUUGAAGCCUUUGUGGCUUGCCUGAUCUUCUCCUUGCUGAAUGAAUACAGUGGGGAACCUGGCCUGAUGUGGUGUGUGGCUGUCUACUCCAUCUGCUUCAUCUUCACACUCCUCAUCAUCAUCUUCACCAUCGGCCGCUGCCUCACCUACAUUCCUUGCUCGCUGGAGAAGGUGCUGGUGGGAUACAACUUCCUGGCCCUGCUGAUGUACCUCACUGCCACCAUCCUCUGGCCUCUCUACAGCUUCCGGGGACAGGGCCGCCCCAAUCCCUGCAAUCAGGGCUGCUCGUGGGACAAGCACCUGGGAAUCACCUUCCUCACCAUCUUCAACCUCAUUGCCUACUUGGUGGACCUGGUCUAUUCCACCAGGAUGGUCUUUUUCAGGGCACCUCCCUAAGGGCUCAGGGUGGGGUGAGGGUGGUGGGACGCGGCUGGGUGCCGGUGCCGGUGCCGAUGGAGCUGAGGAAGAGGCCGGACGCCUUGGAAAGCUCCUUGUCCCCAUGCUGGAGCAGGGAGCCAGGGGGUGCUCCCAGAGGUGCGCUCAGCCCCGGGCCCCACGGGCUGCACAGACAGGGGGGCUGGAGUGGCCAUGAGGGGCUCCCGAAACCCCAGAGCUUGAGGGGGCUUUGAGAUUAAACUGGGUCGUUUUUCA